AUGGCAUGUGCAGAUGUAGUAAAGUCAUUGAUAACAGAGAAGAAGUGUAAUGAUAUGUUUGAUAAGAGGUUACAGUCAUUGUGGACAGCAGUUCAGAAGCAGGCUACAACCUACAAGUCAUUGAGUGACACUCGUAAACUAGUACAUGAUUACUUCAAAGAGCUACACGAGUUGCUGGUCGUUGAGGAGCACAAGUUGGUGUCACCAGUCACUCAACAGAUGGAUGAGGCUCAAGUCUCCAUCAACAACAUGGUUGAUGAGAUAGGUGACAUCAGUGAACUGUUCAAUCUCUCAACACAAGUCAACAACAACAACCAGGAGGCAGAUAAUGACGAUCACAAGGCAGAGCAAGACGUCACGAUCAUUCAAUCAUGUACUACUGUGAAGGAGUACAUUGACAAGACGUGUACUCCAUCGACCAAGGAUAUGGUGACAUGUUCAGACUAUCAACUACUCAACCAACUCAAUGAGGGUGUUCAACGAAUCAAGUGUAUGCCAGAGUGCCCAGUCAUUGAUCAGGUCGUGAAGGUCAAACUACAAGCCGAUGGCCUCAACACAAUCAGGAGACAACUUCAGUUAACAUACACGUUGAUCAAUGCCGAUGUUGUUGCAAAGAAGACGAUCAAUCGCAAAGUUGAUGGACAACCCAAGGAGCAACCAAGAGUUGAGGCUGACUUGGUGUUCUUGUACAGCCCGUCCAUUUGUGCUCUAUUCGACCCAAGAACAGGUGUAUCAAGGGAGUUUAUUAAUGUUAACCAAAUAGCGAUUAGUAGGAAAUGUGCCGUCUAUGCCAAAGGCCACAUCUACAUCUUUGGCAUGUCAAUACUCUCGACACAAUGUGUCUUGCACAGGUUCUCAAUAGCCACUCGACAAUGGACAACUCAACAAGUUGGUGAAAUACAAGUCGCAGGAAAAGAAACCCCAAAGGCGUGUUUCGAUGGCGAUUCCACAAUCUACCUGGUAGGAUCAUUCAAGAAUGGAGCGGUAACAAUAGGCUAUGCAUUGUUGGUAUUGAACAUUGACACUCUGCAACCGGAUGUUGUCCAGAGGAAGUUUACAUCAAUCUUUGACUUGAAUCGUAUCGAGUCAUUGUAUUAUUACAACUACUACCUCUAUGCCCUAACUACCAACAAAGUCACGUUCAAAAGGAGACUGUGGUCAAUCAAUUGCAACAAUCGUGGAGAUACUAGAUCCAUGGAAUUUGACGUAGGGGUCCAACAAAACUCAGCUGCCUACGAUGGCAACGGCAAGAUGUACUUCUACGACCAGACUGGCAUUAUUGAGUACAACCUUGGUACCCAAGACAACCAGAUAUAUCCACACUACCAACUUCUACAACUUGACACGAUGCUUUACUUUAGUAACAUCAACAAUGUGCUACUGAAUGGUGCGUUGGUCAGAUGUCCAGACAGGCAAGUCGAUCACGACCACCUAUCUUGUUUGGUUCGUGUUCCAAUCGGCUUGUGA